GGGAAGUGAAAGAGGCCCAGGAGUGGGUGCGGGCUCACUGGUACAGCUGUGAGCAUCAUUGGAGUGCGCGUGGCUCUCUUCCCGCCGGGCACUGGCCCGCGAGGCGGGUGUGAGAGCGGCUGGGGCCGAGGAGUCCGAGCCGGUGGUGAGGGAAUGGGCUGUGUUAACUCACUCACUGCCUGCGCAGACCGGCCGACCUUCCUUGUGAGGUUCUUGGAGCUAUCUGAAGUCCUGCACCAAUCCUGGUGCUGUUGUUUCGUGUACAGUGUGUUUUGUACUUAGAGCCUCUGGAGUCACUUGGGCUUGGGAAAGCCCCUUUACUAGUGCCCAGAUCCCCGCGCCAAGGGAGUGGGAUUAAUGAGCUGUAGUUGAUUAAAAGUUAGUUGAAGUGCUUGCACUCUUAUGCCUUUUCCGGCCUUAAAUCCUUUUGACUGUUUGUGUGAAAUUUCAUUAGUGGUUUCUUCUUCAUUUAUUUGCCCUGUAAAUACUGAUAAGUUCUAGUGUUUAGUCUCGAAGACGCUUCAUUUCUCCUAUGUUCUCUUCAUCUAUCUGUCAUACUUUAUCCAGCUCUAGUGAGGUAGUAACUGCCAAACUUGGCUUUCCAGGCUCCACCUCUGUAACGAGCUCUGGGUCCUACAGUGCAGCAUUAUGUAAUGGAAAUAUAAUAGUUAAUUUCACUGAGUUUAACUGCAGAAACCGCGGUACCUGUUUCUACUUAAUCUUCACAAUUCUUUUGAGGUGAUAUUUGCAGACAGAAAAAGUAAACUGUCAAGGAAUUCAGAGCGUUGGGGACUUGCUAUUUGAACCAGUUGGAGGAGUCUUUGAUUUAUUGGACCAACAGCAACAGAAAUGAAAAGUAGUGUGGCACAGAUAAAACCUUCUGGUCAUGACAGAAGGGAAAACCUUAAUUCAUAUCAGAGGAACUCCUCCCCAGAAGACAGAUAUGCAGAACAAGAGCGAUCCCCCCAGGAUAGAGAUCACUUUGAUUACAGCAGAUCAGACUAUGAGCAUUCAAGAAGAGGACAUUCUUAUGAUAGUAGCAUGGAGCCACGAAGCAGGGAGCGAGAAAAACGCAGAGAAAGAGAAAGAGAUAUGGAUCGGAAAAGGUCCCGGAAAUCGCCAUCUCCUGGGAGGAGAAACCCGGAAGCAUCAAUAACUCAGAGUUCCUCUGCUCAGGAUGAACCUGCUACAAAGAAAAAGAAAGAUGAGCUGGAUCCUCUUCUUACUCGCACUGGUGGAGCAUAUAUUCCUCCUGCAAAGCUCAGGAUGAUGCAAGAACAAAUUACAGACAAAAACAGCUUAGCAUAUCAGAUGAUGAGUUGGGAGGCCCUAAAGAAGUCAAUUAAUGGCCUUAUCAACAAAGUCAACAUUUCCAAUAUAAGUAUUAUAAUUCAAGAGCUUCUUCAAGAAAAUAUAGUUAGAGGAAGAGGACUGCUGUCCAGAUCUGUUCUGCAAGCACAGAGUGCGUCUCCAAUCUUCACCCAUGUUUAUGCAGCAUUAGUGGCAAUUAUCAACUCAAAAUUUCCACAGAUUGGAGAAUUGAUCCUCAAGAGGUUAAUUCUUAAUUUUCGAAAAGGCUACCGAAGAAAUGAUAAGCAACUUUGUCUGACUGCUUCAAAAUUUGUGGCACAUCUUAUUAACCAAAAUGUGGCACAUGAAGUUUUGUGCUUAGAGGUGCUCACUUUGCUCCUGGAAAUACCAACAGAUGAUAGUGUUGAAGUAGCUAUUGGUUUUCUCAAGGAAUGUGACCUCAAAUUAACACAAGUGUCACCAAGAGGAAUCAAUGCUAUAUUUGAAUGCCUUUGAAAUAUUCUGCAUGAGUCUGAAAUUGACAAAAGAGUUCAAUAUAUGAUUGAAGUGAUGUUUGCUGUACGGAAAGAUGGAUUCAAGGACCACCCCAUUAUCCUAGAAGGUCUUGAUUUGGUGGAAGAAGAUGAUCAAUUCACCCAUAUGCUCCCUUUGGAGGAUGACUAUAAUCCGGAAGAUGUUCUUAAUGUUUUCAAGAUGGAUCCUAAUUUUAUGGAGAAUGAAGAGAAGUACAAAGCUCUUAAGAAAGAAAUUCUUGAUGAGGGAGACAGUGACUCAAAUACAGACCAAGAUGCUGGGAGUAGUGAAGAGGAAGAGGAAGAAGAAGAGGAAGAGGGAGAAGAAGAAGAAGAAGAAGAAGGACAAAAAGUGACUAUUCAUGACAAAACAGAAAUUAAUCUGGUCUCAUUUCGUCGUACAAUUUAUCUUGCUAUUCAGUCAAGUUUAGAUUUUGAAGAAUGUGCUCACAAAUUGCUGAAAAUGGAGUUUCCUGAAAGCCAAACAGUUCUUGAAUGUAUAAAACUGAGUGAAGAAACCACUACAUCAUCCAGUAGAAUUUUUGUGAAAAUAUUUUUUCAGGAACUAUGUGAAUACAUGGGUCUUCCUAAACUUAAUGCAAGAUUAAAGGAUGAAACCCUACAGCCAUUCUUUGAAGGUUUAUUACCCCGAGAUAAUCCAAGAAACACUCGAUUUGCCAUCAACUUCUUUACUUCUAUAGGUCUUGCAGGUUUAACGGAUGAACUACGUGAGCAUCUCAAAAAUACACCAAAGGUCCUUGUGGCACAGAAACCAGAUGUUGAGCAAAAUAAAUCCUCCCCAUCCUCUUCCUCUUCAGCAUCCUCCUCUUCAGAGUCUGACUCCUCUGACUCCGAGUCUGACAGCAGUGGUAGCAGUUCAGAAUCUUCCAGUGAAGAGAGCGAUUCUGCAUCUAUCGGUAGUCAUAGCUCUGCCUCAGCCAAUGAUGUAAGAAAGAAGGGACAUGGGAAGACCAGAAGUAAAGAAGUAGAUAAAUUGAUCAGAAACCAGCAAACAAAUGAUAGGAAACACAAAGAAAGAAGACAAGAACAAAGGCACCAGGAAAUAAGGACUGAGAGAGAAAGAAGAUCAGAAAAACACAGAGAUCAAAAUUCAAGAGAUUCAAAUUGGAGAGAUCCUAUGACAAAGUACACAUCAGACAAAGGUGUUCCUUCUGAAAGAAAUAACUACAAUAGAGUUGUGAAUGACAUAGACCAAGAAAUGCAUACAGAUUUGGAAAGUAAGCAUGGUGACCCCAAAAAGAAGAGAGGAGACAGAAGUUCUUUUUCUGAAAAUGAGAAGCAUAGACACCGAAAUAAGGAUGGUGAAAAUUUUAGAAGAAAAGAUAGAUCAAAGUCAAGGGAAACGAAUAGAAAACACUCUGGCUCAAGAAGUGAUGAAGAUAGAUAUCAGAAUGGUGCCGAGAGGCGAUGGGAAAAAUCUAACAGAUACUCUGAACAAUCCAGAGAAUCAAAGAAAAAUCAGGACCAGCAGAGAGAAAAGUCUCCAACUAAACAAAAAUAAUUCUACAAAACGACACAAACUGGACAUGCCUUAUAUUCAGUUGAAGCAUAUUAUUUUUUACUUUGAUUGACAAACUUUAUAGAGAAUUCUUGUAUAAAGUAAUGGUUUAUAUUUGUAAAUUUUAAAAAUGUUUUCAUGUUUUAUAAUUGAUACAUCUCAAGGCCCUACACAUAAAAUUAUUUGAGAAGAUUCACCAGAAAUGGAUGUAAGUCUCACUUAUAUUUUAUGAAUAAAAUUAUCAAAUUGCUCAUUGA